AUGCAGGAAGCCUCAGUUUCAUCUACAACGUCUUCUCCACAUAAAAUAACAAAAAUUGCAACAGAAAAUCAAACCAAAGAACCAAGUAUAAAAGUCAUUAUUGAAUCCAAAGAGAGUUCUGAAGACAUUUGUGGCAGUCAGAUUUGCCAAACUGAGUCCCGAAAUAGUCAUCAUUCUAGGCGUCGGACUCACACAUGCUCCAAGGCGGGACGACUGCGUUCAAAGUCAUCUGAUCGGAAGGAAUCACGGAAACCUCGCAAUCGUCGGAGGCACCAUCGAUCCCGUCGUUCAAGAUCAAGGUCACAUUAUCAUUCUAGUAGUCGACGGCAGCAUCGCAGGAGGCGUAGACGCCACUAUGCCACAGAGUCAUCCUCCUAUUCCUCUUCUUACCAAAGUUCGAGCCGAAGUAGAUCUCCAUCACGACGAUCACAACAUCGUCGACGCACUAGUUCAGCUUCCCAUCUUACUGAUCUCCCAAAUUGUCGAUCAGAUAACGAUGUAAAUGAGACAAAUUCAAUAUUUCAACAUCCGACACAACCAAGUUUUGAACCACCGACUCAAAUCAGUGUCCCUGAAUUAAGUAAAGAUACUUUUUCACUCCAAAACGGUCUACCAAAACUUAUUUCUUCCAAUCCUGCUUUUAAUGGAAUCGUAUCAUUUCUACUCAAUUCAGCUGGUUCAAAUAAUGCCCUUUCGGAUUUAUUCGGUUCAGCAACUCGUGGUCUGGUCGGAAGUACCUGCAAUCAAACGAGUCCUCCACCAAAUUUCACAAACACCACAAGACAAGCGCGGCGUUUAUACAUCGGGAGCAUCCCUCUUGGUAUUACUCCAGAAAAUAUGGUUGCAUUUUUCAAUACGGAACUUCAAGCCCGAGGCUUGUGCCAGUCUGUUGGCGACCCCGUGGUCUGUGCCCAAGUCAACUCUGAAAGGCACUUUGCUUUUAUUGAACUUAGAUCUGUGGAGGAAACCACAGCGGCACUGAGUCUGGACGGUAUCAACUGCCUUGGAAGUACUCUUCGAAUACGUCGACCUAGGGACUAUUUCCCGCCUGGAUCUAAUCCUUCCACUCAUUCAAUCAGUCAUCUCAAUGCCAAUGCAAUUUUCCUCACAGGAAUUCCAUCAACAUUGUCUGAGCAAAAUCUGUUUCGGCUUCUAUCUGCAUACGGGACUUUACGAUCUUUCAAUAUGCUGAGAGUAAGUAAAUCCUGA